UUGCUCGUGGCCACAUUGAUUUCCUCAACCAACUUUUAUGCCUAUCUCGAUUUAUUGCGUCAAUCCGUUGAUGAUACUGUUAUUGCUCUGGAUAACCUUGAUCGUACCGUUGUUCCCAGUAACCGACGUACUCGUGGAGAGCCAGCAACAGCAACGACAACUGCAUCAGUGCCCAGUCAAACUACUUCUGAAGAGAUCUAUGGUCUUUCUGGUGAACAAUCUAAUGGUGCUACGAUUCCAUACGCCAAAACUGGUGGUCCAUUGUGUAAUCGUUUAAAGACACAUUUGAUAGUCCAUUUGGUAGAGGAUUGUCUUCGAUUUGCUUCUCCUGUGCUUCUCGCAACUGAAAAGAACGAGCAAUUCAACAAACACAUUAGGGCAAUUGUCAUGAAGACCAACAAACAAAACCCUUCUCGUGAUUUGGCUCUUAUUAACGGUCGUGAGGUAAUGCUGAGAAGUAUUGCGAUGGGUCUUAUUUGGGAUAACGCUAUGAAAACUCGUGGUAGUCUGGUCAAAACGUGGUUCGAUAGGUACAGUGAGGACAUGUACUAUUCUGCUAAUCGGGAAUUCGGCAGUACUGAAUAUAUUGCUGGAAAGAAGAUUGCUUUGAACAUGACGGCUAUUCUCGAUGUUGACUUGGAUUCUCGUGGGGCGCGUCGUCUGCUUGGAAAGGUGGUAAAACUUUGCGGCGAUCAGGCUAUUGUUGAGGUGUAUGAACUUGUUCCCAGGCCAGCCUUCGUGAUUCAGGAUGACAGUAGCCUCAUUUCUGUCUAUCAAGCUGACGAAGGUGGUAAUCUCCUCACCAAGAAAACUGAAGAAAUCUUGGACUUGCUGAAGUAUAAACUGACUGUGGUGGAAUUACUUGACAUGUCUCAGGAAACUGAGAUUGACACUGUCAAGUAUUCUCUUAUCAACAAGUGCAAGUUCGGUACUUUCUGGUGGCUCCAUAACACUAAUCGUUAUUUCAAAAUUUUAGAAAAUGAAAGAAACUAAUCAUUUUGUUUUUUUUACAUGUCAUUUUUUCAAAAAAAAUAAAAGUCUCUUCCAUUUUGUUAUCCAAUAAAAAUGCUUAGC